AUGGCCUGGUCCUGCAGCCUGAAGAGCCUCCUCACAGUCUUUGUCUUCACCAUCUUCGCUGUCGGCUCUGUGGAGAGCUACCAGUGUACAAUAUCUUCUUGUGCAAGCGAGUCAUGUUCUCCGGCCACAAGUUUUUGUACAGCCACUAAAGGCUGCUUCAAUCAAAUCCAGAAAUUUGAUACACCAUCUACACUUACAGACCUUGUGUUGAAGCAAAAAGGGUGUUACCCAGACACAUGCAGUGCACUGACAUUCUCAGCAACACUGGGGGAUCAACGGAGAUUUAUCUAUGAGAACAAGUGCUGCACAACUGACAAAUGCAACCUAGAGGACAUAACUCCAUCUUCGUCUUCUGAACCCAAUGGUGUGGAAUGUACUGCCUGCUACAAUGAGAAAGAGAAGUCAUGCUCCUCUGUUACUACCCUGAAGUGCACAGGGAACGAGAAAAAGUGUAUCGAGGUUACCGGCUUGGAUGCACAAACUUCCAGCUUAAGGCUGUAUGGGAAAGGCUGUGCAACUGAAAACGCCUGCAAUCUGAACAUGAAAGUCCUCAAUGAUGUACAAAUCCAAGCCUCAUGCAUCCCAGAAGUUUCCAUCUCACCUGUUCCCACUUCAACUGUUCCCACUUCAACUGUUUCAAACAAUGGGAACCCUGCCCUCAAAUCCAUUUCAUCAGCUCCCAUUAUUCUGCUCCUGCUGAAAGCCUUGCUUUGAUCAUCCAGGAACUGGCAAUCUCACAAUCCUAUGCAUAUGGACCCAUUGGCAUGUUUGGGUGACUAUUUCGAAAACACAGAGCAAAUAAA